AAGAAUACCAUCGAGUUGAAACCGCAGAGGGAAUUUAAGCAAGGCACAAUGCAGUUGUCCAGCCUGGGAUUUGUCUGGGGCAUUGAGGCUAACACUUCUGCUCUAGUGAAAGGUGUCCUGGAGUCCAUGAUCAGGGUUCAUCCACCACUGUGGUACCUUCGUGCCUGAUGACGAUAUCAGCGUAACUACUGGAAAGGAAGAUGAUGUAAAUGAAAAUUCUACUGCGGCGGAUGCCGCCUUGGGUGCUCAGGAAGAAUCAGAGAAAGCUCACUUCCCAGUGCUCUGCCUUAGAGGUGCCUUCACCCAAUGGCUCAGCGCUGGGGAGUAACUGCACUGUCAUUCGAUUCAAGGAUCUGGGAGCAGACUUCAAGACCCGCAGCUGAUUUUUCUCAUUCAAACUGUGUCCCCAGAGCACUGAGUAUGCACGCUGCCUCCUCCUCCCGAGUACCGGCCCUUAACUCUCUCAACUCCACGAAGGCGCCCAACUCUAACAACUCAGAUGAGGACAACUUAUUCCACAAGUUCAUCCAUUUGGACCAAGAACUUUACCAAGACUAUUACAGCUUGUGGAUAGCACUGAUGGCGGUCAAUGGCAUCAUUUUCCUGGUGGGUGUUGUGCUGAACAGCUUAGCUCUCUACGUGUUCUGCUUCCGCACCAAGGCGAAAACCACCUCUGUCAUCUACACCAUCAAUCUGAUCGUUACUGAUCUACUGGUGGGCUUCUCCUUGCCCACCCGAAUCAUCAUGUACUACACCGCAAGGGACUGCCGAAAAUGUUCCUUAGUUCACAUCUUCGGCUACUUCGUCAACAUGUACUGCAGCAUUCUCUUCUUGACAUGCAUCUGCAUCGACCGGUACCUGGCUAUUGUGCAGGUGGAAGCCUCACGUAAGUGGAGGAACCCCAGCUGUGCCAAGGGGAUCUGUGUCUUCAUCUGGGUCUUUGCAACUGUGGUCACUUUCUCCAUCCUGAUCAUGGCGAUAACCUUCACACCCUGCUGCCUCGCCAAGAUCUUUGCCCUGAUGGUCUGCGAGUAUUUCUUCCCGCUCAUCAUCAUCACCUUCUUCACCACUAGGAUCAUGUGUGCGCUGUCCAAGCCCAGCCUCAUGCACCAGAGCCGUGAGAGGCGAAUGAGGGCCGUUCAGCUCCUCACCACUGUCCUCAUCAUCUUCAUGAUCUGCUUUACACCUUUCCACGUGCGCCAGGUGGCCAUUUCCAUCAACCCAGACAUUCCCCAUGAAAUCAGCUUAAUUGUCUACCAUGUGACCGUGACUCUGAGUAGCCUCAACAGCUGCAUGGACCCCAUCGUCUACUGUUUUGUCACCAACAACUUCCAGUCAACCAUGAAAAAUAUCUUCAGGAAGUCGGAGCCUGAGCAGACAAGCGGGGACAUCAUCAGUAUGAACAAGAGCUCCAAGGGCUCAGACAGGCAUGGAAAGAAGCUGUCCAAACAUAUGUGGUUUCUUGGAAACUCUGUUUCCCACAUUUGCUCCCUCUUCCAACAACUCGGUGAUGAUGAAAAGCAGAACUGAAAUCCGAAGAUGUGUCAGCCUCGUUUGAGUUUAUUUUAUGAUGCGGCAUUAAAUUAGGGUUUGCUAUACCAGAUCCUACCAUUGGUCCAACUAGUCUGUAUCUGCCUUUCCUCUAAGGCUUCAGAGGAAAGCAACAACAACAACAACAAACACCACACCUAACCCCACAGACCCAUAAAGCAUCUAGGUUGAAAUCCAUCCCAGGGCAGAGCCCUAGCAUGAUUUAAGACCUAUGUUUAGGAUUUAAAUUAUGUUGAGGGCCCUCUGCGCAGGGAUGAACUUCACCUCUUUCAAAUUCCAUCAUGUUGUUCCUGGGAAGGGACAAAUUCACUCCUGAUCCCCUGCAGCAAUCAGUUUACACCCCAAAGCAGGCAGGUAGGUUUACACCCUUCAUGGAGCAUGAAUUGCCUUUUUCAUCGUGCAGGGUCAUAAAACGAGUCAACCCUUUGUAAAAAUCCCAUCGCAGUGUUUGACUCACAACAUCGGCGCAAAUGAAAGUCCCGAUUUCAGUGUUACGGUGCUGGCUGGCGGCUGUACCAUUUGCAUUCUAUACUGCACCAUUAAAAAAGCAUAAGCAUGAAAAAGCAACCCAGAGAAACAGCGAGACCCACAGCAUGAAUGAAAACGACCAUUGCUGUGAUUAUUCUCCUAGUGGAAAUGCCACUUCACAUAUUUUCAGCGGGUUCCACCUGGCUAACUAGGUUUGAGGAACAGAGCGAUGGAUCUAUUGGUCUGUUGGUUACUGGGGCUACUGGUCCUCCAAUUUAAACCAGUAGAAACCAAUUGAGACUAGUUAAAGGAUUCUAAUGGAACCCACUGGAAUUUCCACUAGCAAACUCUGCGCCAAAGCCAGCAAAGCAGAAUUUACAAAUCCUGCUCUUGCUACAGGGAGCCAAGCGAAGGGAUGGGGCAGUGGAGUUUGUGCAGCUUUAUGUGUCCCAUUUCUUGCUUGUGGGGAGAAGUCAGGAAUUUCCCCCUUGAGGUGCUUCCCCACCUCAAACAAGUGGCAGUGGGCCGGGGAGGUGUGGGGGGAGGUAGGAGCCUAUUCUUGGCAGGCCUAGGAGCAAGGGGAGGUUGGCAAGAUUUAGCAAAGGCCAAGGUACGGGAAGGAGUCAGGGGCUUUGGGGGGUCAAGGGGCUGCAGUGGGGAAGAGUCUGGAAGAGAGAUUGUUAAGCAA